ACGUCAUUAAUAUUCAUGAGGCGGGCCUUCGACGUAGUAGCGCUAGAUCUGCAUCCUGCAUUGAGCGCCACGUCGCAGCAGCAGCAAAACACCGAUGAUUCCCGCACAUCUGACGGGCAACCAGGACACAAAACCUGCGGGGAAAACAGCGUAAACAUGGUGAAGAGUGUGAAUUCACAAACUGAGUCCAGGAGUGAAACAUAUGAAGGAGAGGAGGCUGAAAACACUGAAAACCAGCCGUCUGCAGCAGAUGGCGGUAAAGAGCACCCGACAGCUCCGACCGGGAUGAUCUGGCGUGUCACUGGCGGCCUCUUCAGCGCCACCAAGGGCGUGGUUGGAGCCACAGUGGGCGGAGUCACCUGGCUGGGCGGGAAAAGUUUGGAGAUCACCAAAUCAGCUGUGACCGCAGUGCCCUCGGUGGGCGUCAGCCUGGUGAAGGGCGGAGUUUCUGCAGUGGCAGGGGGCGUGUCCACAGUGGGGUCAACGGUAGCCAAUAAAGUUCCAUUCACAGGAAAGAGGAAGGACAAAUCAGAGUGAAGAAGAGGACUACGAUGAAUAAAAUACCGUUUGAUUUCCACGCUGGACACCAGAGACACUGACUGAUGUUCUCCACCGCCAUAUUUGAUUUGGUUAUAAUCACGUAAGAAGAGCUCUGUGGAAAUAGUUUGGGUUUUUCACAAAUGAUCUCAGAUCUGCGACUAAAGACACGUUUACUUGUCGUGGUUUUGGCCGACACCGAACACUAUUUCACCAUCUCCUGUAGCUGAUUUCAUCUGAUGUUGUCGGUCAGAUUAUGUUUGUAAAUUACAUUUUUUAUUAUUUGAAUAUAAUAAAGUCAUGUUAAAGAAG